UUUAGGAUUAACUUCAAUGAAUACUAUAAAAGAUUGUCCGGCUAUUAUUGGCAGAGCUAAUUUUGGUAAAGAAAUUUCCAAUGGGCAGAUAAUGAAAAACUUCAGAUCAUAGAGUAAUGCAAAAAAUGUAAGACUGACAGAUAUACGACGGGGAAAUUAAGGUCAUGUUAAAAAAAAUGGGAAGAAAUGUUUCUGAAGUUUUUAGAUGGAGAUGACUGCAACACUAUGAUCCACAGAAUUCCUGGAGCUUCUGCAGUAGGGGUGUACUCCUCUGCCAGCACCUCUUCCCCAGAAGCUAGUUCAGAGUUCCUUGAUUCCAACUGUACUUCCUCUGAGCUGCAAGAGAUUUUACAACAAACGCAAAUGUUAAUGGAUGACACUGCAGAAAUAACACUAGCCUCUUACUCACCAGUUUUGGUGCCCCAAAGUGCACUGAAACAACAGAGGUUAAGCAUGGAGACAUAUGAGACUAUGAAUUUGUCUAAUGCUGAAUGUGGAGACUAGUAUUACUAUACUAGUUAGAUGUCCUGGACAGGAAGCAGCAGAAAUUCAAAAGAGAAGAGAAAGAAACACAAUAAACUGAAUUUUGUAA